CGUACAAUGUACAGUCACAAUCCCAAAAUUGGCACACUAAUUAACCUUAACCUUCAUCUAAUUCACAUUCUUACCCCAAUAAUCACAUUUAACAUUCUCUAAUCAUCAAUCACCAUGUUAAUCUUAUUCUCAUCAUCACACAAAUCCAUCACCUUAAUCACCUUAAUCUUCUUCUUAUUGGGCCUGGGCCCAAGCCCAAUUCUCUGUCGAGAUGCACACGUCAUCAACUUCCGUUCCCCUAACCUCUACCCUGAAUCCCUCGCGUGGGACCCACGCGCUCAACAUUUCCUCAUCGGAUCCCUCCGCCGCCGCAUCAUCACCGCCGUCUCCGACGCCGGUGUAGUCGAAACUUUCAUAUCCGACAUCACCCUCCCCUCCAACUCCUCCAUCCUCGGAAUCGCCGUCGAUUCCCGCCGUAACCGUCUCCUCACCGUUGUCCACUCCCCUCCUCCCCUCCCUCCGUUCAACGCCCUCGCCGCCUACGACCUCCGCUCCCGCCGCCGCAUCUUUAUCUCUCUCCUCACUGACUCCGACGAUGAAUCCACGCCCUCCGCCGCCAACGACGUCGCCGUCGAUCACACCGGCAACGCAUACGUAACAAACUCCGCCGAAAACUUCAUCUGGAAAGUCACCACCGACGGAACAGCAUCAAUCUUCUCAAAAUCUCCACUGUUCACCUCUCCGGCGAACGAUAACAAUCUCCUAGGUCUAAACGGAAUCACCUACGUUUCAAAAGGUUACCUUCUCGUAGUACAAUCGAGCACCGGUAAAGUUUUCAAGGUAGACGCAGUGGACGGAACGGCAAGGACUGUAUCAUUAAACGAGAAUCUCAUUGGCGCCGACGAUAUUGUCGUUCGCGACGACAAUGCCGCAGUGGCGGUGUCGCCGAUGAAUAAAUUAUGGUUAAUGAAAAGUAUGGAUAGUUGGGCAGAAGGAGUGGUGUAUGAGAGAAAAGAGAUUGAUGUUAAGCGGUUUCCGACGUCGGUUACGGUUGGAGAGAAAGGGAGAUUGUAUGUGUUGUAUGGACAUUUGAAUGAAGGGAUGUUGGGUGAUUCUGGAAGAGAGGGUUUUGGUAUUGCUGAGAUUAGGUCUAGAGAAGGACAAGAUGAACAUGUUUGGAUUUUUGUUUUGAUUGGUCUUGGUUUUGCUUAUUUCUUGUUUUGGAGGUUUCAGAUGAAAAAUCUUGUCUUCAAAAUGGAUCGCAAAAUCAAAUGAUGGUAACGAGCGCGUGUUUGAAUCAUCAUUGAGUUUGACGAAAUCACAUUGACACGGUGAGUUGAUUGAAAUUGAUGGCAUGAUGGAUAAGCUUAGUUGUGAGUUGAUUGAAAUUUUAUAGUGAGUAAUUUAUUAGGUUAAAAUAUAAUCACAUUCCCAUACUAUGUGGCAAUUCUGCAAUUUUUUCUCUCCACUAUAUCUGAAAACUGAUAAGUUUUGAACAUUUUUAUAUGUAUACUCUAUUUCACAUUUAUAUUAAAAAGAGACAACUGUUUUUGGCCAUUGAAGUUGACACAUAUUUUAUUGUUAUGGAGCUCUCAUCUGGUUUUUGUAAGGGAACAUGUUUAUCAUGUCAACAUCUGUUAUUUGUAACUUGCUAUUGAAACUCUAGUUAUUAUUGUUUUGGAUUGGCUUAAAUGACCCUCUAAAUCAGUUCUCAUCACUUUUGAGCUUUUAAGUGUUACAUUAUUCAGUUGGAGUUCUCGAUAUGGAUUUUUUGCUAGUGAAAAGUACGUGUGAUGUAUGUGGUUAUUUUCAUUUUCGCAAACAAGUGUUCCAGUUUAACCGUGAUCUGAAAUGUAUGCUUUUGAAAUCCUUCCACGAAUUACAGGGGAAUCCACGCGAACCAAUUCGCGGUUCACACUAUGUCAAGAGAACUAUGUGACUGAUUUAGUUUGUUAGUUUGUAUGGCUGGGUCAUUCUUUUGGUUAACAGUGUAAGGGAUCAUCUUCUGAAUAUUGUAAAGGGGAACCCUUAGAGGAGAGAUUCUCUCAUAUUCAUUCUUAUUUUCAUAUUCAAGUUUUCUUUCUAUUCCGCUCAAUUCUUGGGUUCCUAACAGCAUAUUGAUUGGUAAAAAACUGAGAUUGAUGAGCUAUGUGCCAUACAAGGUCUAGUUUGAGAAGCAGCUGAUGACCGAUGAACUUGUUGAAUUUUGUUGAAAUUGCAAAAAUUAUUGACUCUACACUGUGCUUAGAAUUAUCUCAAGCUUAUUUCAGGUGGGCGACUGGACUCAUGUUUCUGGUAACAUCGUUUAAUUUGCAGCCACCAGAAGAGUAUAUAUGAAGUUUUGCAUUUGAGAAUGAGAUCGUUGUUGAGGUCCUUCGUUGAACACUGACAUCUACAAAGAAUUUUCUUAUGUCAGACUUUAGAAGCCUCUUUAAAAUUGUUUCUACAGACUGAACUGGAUUCGUUUGAUUGUGAAAUCAUACCAUUUUACUAACAUUAUAGCUCUUUAUCUUUGUGCCAUAACUAUUUUUGACCUCUUGUAUAUAAAGCACACUAACUUGGACCAUCAAUGAAAUGCCACAGUUUGGGCAA